AUGACUUCCCCAUCAGCAGCUGAUGAGAUAGAUGAAGAAAAAGAGCGUGCCCAUUUCAGGGCUGUAGUUACCGCUUUUAAAUAUUAUAAAUUAUGUGGUUUGGAGAGAUUACACAAAUCAGAAAAAAUUAUAUCCUUGCUUCCACACAAUCAUCAGAGGCGCUUAGAAAAGUACAAGACUUAUCUAGCUAAAUUUAAGAAAUGUCUUGACAUUAACAAUAGUGUAGUCCAUCUAAUUAUUAAGGAUGUGGAUACUAUGUUUGAGAAUGUUGAUCAUAGUAAUGCAGAUACAUCAGGAACUAACGGCACAGAAAGUUUUGGUUGCAAUUAUAACAAUUGUGAAAUUACAUCACUUAAACAACAUAAAAUGCAGCAUGAUGUUGAAAAAGUACAGUCAGUGUUAAAGAAUAUAGUAAGAGACUGGAGUGCAGUAGGUGUGCCCGAACGUGAACAAUGCUACCGGCCCAUAUUGAAUGAGUUGGAGGCACGUUUUCCAUUUGAAGAAAUUAGUGACAGAUCACAGAUCAAGGUAUUAGUCCCAGGAGCAGGGCUAGGACGUCUUGCGUGGGAGAUUGCUAACAGAGGUUACAUGUGCCAAGGAAAUGAGUUUUCCCUAUUUAUGCUCUUCGCUAGCAACUUUGUACUCAACCGUUGUCCUGAUGUGAACAUGCACACAGUUCAUCCAUGGUUACAUCAGUAUGUAAACAACGUGACAUGUGAACACCAGCUUCGUCCCGCCACAUUCCCUGAUGUCAAGCCUUCUGCUGACAAACCAAAUUACAAUUUCUCCAUGACUGCAGGAGACUUUCUUAAGGUUUACACAGAACCAGACGAGUGGAAUUGUGUGGCAACUUGCUUCUUUAUAGACUGUGCACCUAAUGUUAUUGAGUUCAUCGAGCGGAUAUAUACCAUCUUGAUGCCGGGAGGCUUCUGGAUCAACUUGGGACCGCUACUGUAUCAUUACAGUGAUAUGCCAACAGAAAAUAGUAUAGAGCCACCUUAUGACAUUUUACUGGACAUUAUUAGGGAUGUUGGCUUUGAUAUAUUGGAAGAACGUACGGGCGUGAAGACUAAAUACGCACAGAAUCCGAAUUCGAUGAUGCAGCUUGAGUAUGACUCAGUUUUCUUCGUUUGCAGAAAGACUUUCUGCUCUUAG